UUCAAAUUAUUCUAUCUAUUUCCAUGUACACAAAAAGAUAUGGAUGAGCAAAUUGUCCAGGAGGAAGAUACGUUUGAGAUUCUCCGCCAUUACACUGUUUCUAUUGAAACCAGUUUCGGCCAAGGAAAAGAUGCUAUUGAUGAUGGAGAGACAGAUCUUGUCCUUUGGUAUGACACAUUUCUGUCAGAAGAUAGUUCAACUGCGGUCCAAGUUAGAACCGAGGAUGGGACUCUUGUUGGAUAUUUGAAAGAAAAAUUAGCAAAUGUGUUUGCAAAGCUACUGAAAACAGACAGCAUCAGAAUGAACCAUUUAAGGGCGUACACAAAUGGAAAUGACUGUGAUAUAAUCCGUAUUCAUAUAUGCCUUUACGGUUGGAAAAGUGAAAAGACAACUAUCAAGGAAGCAGUCAAAGACCUUGGUUAUAGACACUUAUCAAGAAAAUGCCGUCGGACAUUGACAUUUGAACCAGAUGGCUUGAAUAACGAAACAAAACCUCUUUUGUAUUCCUUGUUGUUGAUGAAGAACUAUACAUCAGCAGAAAAUGGGGAUAUCUGGGAAAAACAUUUACGUCAAGUUCAAAGGAUUUUAUCUUCAAAACUGGGAAGUACUUCUUUGAUAAAAUGGCCGCUGAAUGAAUAUUUGACUGUAAGCAAAGAAGACAUAGUGACUUUUAUAUCAAAAAAAGAACGAGAUCGACUAGUACAAUCAGUUUGUUCUAAGAAAUUCAUCAGCUACUUUUUGAAAAACGCUGAUAUUUGCUGCGUGAAAGAAUAUUGUAGGACUAAAGGGUACACAUCAAAACAAGGGGAAGCAAUUCUUCGAGUGAGUUUAGAGGACAAAGAAUUGUUAAUUCAACGCCUUGGUUUAGAAAUUCUGAUUCAUCCAACCAUAGAAGACUCCUCUAUACAUAAAGAAGUAGCGUUGAAACUGAAUAUUCCUUUAGAAGUCCUUUCUCUGGGUAGAAAUGGAUACCCAGCAUUCCUAAAACUUCUUCAAAUGGAAAAGAGCGAGAUAUGCCAUGCACAAGGACUAAUUUUAGGAUGCAAGGGUGUCGGCAAGACAACAUUGCUAAAAAGACUAAUAACAGAGCAAAGCAUUAGGGACAUUAGGGCGUCGACAAAAUCAACACAAAGUGUGGAAAUUCAUAAAACUGAUGCAACAACUCUUAGAGAUUUAAACUUGAAAACCAAGGAAACUGUCACAGUAGAUGUUUCCAGUCUAAAAGUAACGAACGUAGCAAAAGAUAAUAUAAAGAGAGCAAUGAAGCGAAAAAGUCAACCUAUCAGCCCAAAUUUUGAAAUUAAAAUGCAGAGAAGACAGGAAAAUCCUGAGAGGAAAAGUAACUGCCAAACAUCGGCAAAUAAAACACCCAUUAAAACAAGUACAGAUGUACCUGCACUUAGGGGUACAUUAUCAUCGAGGAAUAAUAGCCAAAAAGCAGAAAAAAAUAAAGAUCCUAAUUUCCUUCAUCUAAUUCCUGCAAUAACACGCAAGGAGGCAGAUUUGUUUCAAACGAUUGACUUUUACGAUUUUGCCGGGCAAUACGAGUACUACGCAACUCACCAUAUAUAUUUACGACGAAGUGCCUUUUAUAUCUUAGUGAUGGAUAUGAGUAGAGAUUUUCAGGAUGUGGUGGAGGACCAAAGGGGAGAUAUGAUGUUUAGGGGCUGGACAAAUGAAAAGUACUUGAAAUUCUGGUUGCAAUACAUAUAUGCUUUCUCCGGGGAUGAAACACCAUCAAUCAUUUUAGUGGCGACUCAUGCUGAAAAUAAAUCAGAAGAGGAUAUCGAGGAAUACUUUAUGAACCUCAGAAGCAAAAUGGGAAAUCUUUUGGAAAAUGUACGUUCGGAGAGAGAAUUUUCAGUGUCAUUUGACGACAAUAGCAAUGUAAACGAAAUAAAGGAUUGCAUAAAGAAAAUAGCAAAAGAACAUUCAAAUUGGAAUCGUUUAGUUCCUAACAUAUGGAGUCUUUUCGAAAGAAAAUUCAUUGAAAUAAGAAAGGAGAAAAAAAUUAUGAAAAUUGAAGAUGUUGAAAAACUGCAGGAUAAUUUUCCCACAAAUACUAGAUUGAAUAGAAAAGGCAUCAUCUUUAUGUUAUCAUUCUUUCACGAAAUUGGAAGAAUAUUGUAUUUUGACACAGAAAAUCUCAGGGACUCUGUUUUCCUGGAUGUAAACUUUCUCAUCGAUGCUUUUAAACGCAUCAUAACCGUCAGAAGCAGCUUCAAUAAAACAAUUACAAGAAAUUUUUUUACACAAUGGAAAUUGUUACAAGAAAAUGGUGAGCUAUCACAUCGUCUCCUUGACGAAAUUUGGAAGCAAAAACAAAGCGUAACAUUUUUAUUACACAAGGUGGAACUACUCUCAUAUAUGAAAGAAUUGUGCUUCAUUACAGAAGUAAAAGUGAAUGAAGAAUCAAAUAGCGAAAGAUCAAUUUUAGUGGUACCAUGCAUGAACACUGUUCCGUUUACACCUGAUUUUUUCAACAGCUAUGAAAAAUCUUCCAUACUUUGUUUUCAACUCCCUGUUUCUUCUCUCCAUGUUUUCCAAAGACUUGUGACACACUGUGCUAAUAAGCUGUGGCCAAUAACAAUAGAGAAGAAGAGGGGGUGUAUAUAUCAGAAUGUUGUCAUCUUUGAGCAUCGUCAUCGAUUCAUAGCCAUUGGAUGUAGCAACAAUACUAUACAGAUUCAAAUCUUUAGGAGGAGUCCAAUCAAUGCGGAAGUAAAUGUCAAUAUCGAAGUCAAAGACGCCAUCAGGUCAAGCCUCAAAGACAUUGCAAAAGUUGUACAUCCCAGUUUAACGAUCAUUUCUGGAUUCAAAUGUAAGACAAGUACUUUUUGUGUCGAAACUAAUGUAUGCUUUAUACGUGACAAAGACAUAGAAUUUUACAGUGGUCACUGCAGAACUUGCUCCCUGGAGGAAAAAGAAAUUAUUGAUGGUGUAAAAUUGCUUUCAGACUGGGAAAAGUUGGAUGACACAGAUGAUGAGGAAAUGGAACCUGUCUUGGAGGAAGACGGUACAAACUUCGUAUUUGAUUUCAUUUCGCCCAAGCUCAAAGAUACAGAUAUGAUAUGUUUAGACCUUCUGGGAGAAAGCCAUUAUGCAGACACUCUCCGGGGGAAUCUCGCUUUACCGGAACAGGUCUUCCAAAUUCUUCUCAAAUGGAGAAGGCGAAGUCCUCGUCUAAACCAUAUCAGUGUCUUACAAGAGCAUCUAAAAAAAAAUGAUAAUGCACACUUUGCAGAAGAAAUUGAAAAUAUAACGAGAGAAAAAUAUGCAUACCAAAGUGUGUAUAGACCUUUAGAACCUAUUACUAAGUCUGAGUGCAAACAGAUUGGUAAGCAAGUAACUAGAGAUCAGAAUAGAUUAUUACGCUUUUUGGGAUUAAAGGAGUCAAUCAGGGAAACAAUAGAACAAUCCUCUAUAAACCCUUGUCAAAUCCUUAUAUGUUCCUUGGAGAGGCUUGUGGAUGAGAGUAUUCUAAACAGAAAAAAGUUGUGUUGCGCGUUGAAUUAUAUUGAAAGGUUGGAUAUUAUAGAAAAACUAAAAGGAAAUUGGGAAAAAAAGCUUUAAAAUCUUAAUCAACGUGCAAAGGCUGGAUACAGGGAUUUCAUAUACCAUAAAACGUUGGUAUUAUAUACUUAGUGCUUUUUGUGAAUCAAAAUAGAAACGCAAGCCUUGUUGUACAUAGUUGCAUGUACAUUGUAAAUGGCAACUGUUUCCCAAGCUACUUUUCUACAUGUUAGUUAGAUUCGUUUAUCAUCAGCCGCAUCAGCAGCCGAUCUCCUUGUGGUUGUGGUUUUGUAAGACUGCACUUCGG